AAAUCCCAGCAGUCCCCACUACCCGGAAGCGGCAGCUGCAGGUGUGUUCAGCAGGUGAAAGGGAAAUUGUUUGUUUUCAUGAAGCCUCUAGGUCGCUGCUUCUCCGGAACAAACAGACGAAUGGUGGAAACAUGAACACAGCAGCGACUGGUGCAGAUGAUGCCUUUGACUUCCUCUUUAAGAUUGUACUGAUCGGAGAUUCCAAUAUUGGUAAAACAUGUGUAGUCCACCGUUUCAAAUCUGGAUUAUUCAUUGAGAAACAACAGAAUACUAUUGGAGUCGACUUCAUCGUCAAAACAUUGAAUAUCGAGGGCAAGAGAGUAAAGGUGCAGGUUUGGGACACAGCUGGACAAGAGCGAUUCCGGACCAUCACACAGAGUUACUACCGCAGUGCACAUGGAGCCAUGAUUGCUUAUGACAUCACUAAGCAAUCUUCCUUCAACUCAGUGCCCCACUGGGUGAACGAGAUCCAGAGAUACGGUGCUGCAAAUGUUGUCCAGAUGUUAAUUGGAAAUAAAGCUGACCUGAAGGAAAGACGUGAAGUUCCCUUCGAGGAGGCCUGCAACGUGGCCGAGAAGUUUGGGCUAUUGGCCGUGCUAGAGACGUCGGCCAAAGAUGCGCAGAAUGUCGAUGAAGCCUUUCUGCUGAUGACCCGUGAGUUGCUGGCAAGGAACGGCCUGAACUUGUCCAGUGGGAACGCUCAGAGCACACUGCACUUAGACUCGCGGCCUCUGGACACCACCGUGCCCAGUGAGAGAAGCUCCUGCUCCUGCUCCCCACGGUGAGCAGCAGCAGUAACUUCACGUGGGAGCCCAGGUUGGAUUCUGCAGGAUUACAGUUUCCGGAAUGGCCGGCUCCAUCUGCUGGAGCAUAACUGCAGCCAACAGCACUCGGGCUGAUGGUUGGGAUUACAGAUAAGACUGGAGCUACAGUAACAUUAUAAAAUUGCUCCUUCGGCAUUUGGUCAGCUAUGUUUUAUCUUUUAUCAAGACUAUGCAUCUGAUUAAAGCCCAAGACAUUUCUUGGAGUUUUACUGAAAAGCUUCUGGAAAGUAAGAUGCAAGUCUUAAGGGAGCAGCUCACAUUCCCAUGAGAUAAUCAUCAAAUUCCACUACACAUGAAUGUGACUCAGGAAUCGGGGGAUGGGUGGGGGGAAUAACUUCAAAUAAAGUCAUGUUUCCAGAUUGGAGGCCCUUGUUUGUUUCCUUGCCUCAUCCAUACUGUCAGAAAUGCAAGGUGGAAGAUUCGCAGAGGUACAUGCACAGCAAAUCUUAGUACAUCUACUCCGACACUGCAGCACUCCCUGAGCACUGACCCUCUGGCAGUGAGGCAUUCCCUAGGCACAGACCUUCUGAUAGUAUGGAACUUCCCUCAGCAUUGAUCCUCUGACAGCGUGGUGUUCCUUUAGGAUUGACCCUCCAACAGUGAAGCAUUUCCUCAGCACUGACCCUUCGACAUUGCGACAUUCCCUCAGCACUGCCUUCAGACAGUCUUGGGCUUUCCCAGCACUGACUCUCCAACAAUGCAGCACUCUCUCACGCCAUGCCUCACUGACAGUGUAGGGUUAUCUCAGUGCUCAUCCUCCAACAGUGCAGCAUUCCCUCACUACCUACGACCCUCCAACUCCUUUCAGCUGACCCUCUGGCAUGAGCAAAGGUAUUGUUCAGAGACUAUUAAUCCAGAUACUAAGUAAAGGACUACAGACCUGUAUUCUGAUCCU